CCGGCCGGAGGCGGUGAUUGUGGCGGCUCUUUCGUAAAGGCGGCGGCGACUCCAACUCUAGUUUGAGUGGACUGAGAGACCAGAGGACUGUGGAUCGGUGUGGGAAAUUAAUACCUCUUGUAGCUUUUACAUUAUUUAAAAACAGUUGUGUGAUUGGACUAAAAUGUUCCUGAUGCCAACCUCUUCAGAGUUAAACAGUGGGCAGAACUUCUUAACCCCGUGGAUGACCAAUUCUUCUCGGGCUGGAGUCAUAUUAAAUCGUGGAUUUCCUGUUUUGGAAGCAGAGGAAGAGAAGCGAGCAAAUGUGAACAUUUCCACCAGCUCUCCUGUUAAAGCCACACAUUUUUCAAAUAGCUUCAGCUUUAGAAGUGAAGAAGAUUCGCUUCAUGAAGAACAGAAGUCGGGGUCUCACAGCCCUUAUCAACUACAAUCAGAUAAAUCGGAAACAUAUGCAGGCCUUCCUUUAACUGAAGAGGGACCACAAUUAGUGCCAUGUCAAGAUGCUCCUGGACACGGGGAAGAUAACAAAAGUGACUUUAUCUCAUGUCUUGCAAGUGAAUUAAAAGAAGUGGCUUAUAAAGACCCACUUUUUAAAAAGCUUGAACAGCUGAAAGAAGUACAACAGAAGAAGCAGGAGCAACUGAAGAGGCAACAGUUAGAGCAACUGCAAAGACUCAUGGAAGAACAAGAGAAGCUGCUCACUAUGGUGUCUGGACAACACACACUCCCAGGUUUAACUCUACUGCCUGCUGAGCAGAGCCAGAAGCACAGAACUCCGGGAAGCUCAGCCACUGCAGAGAAGACCACGCCCUUCCGACCAUCAUGUUUCUAUCAGAAUCAAACCCAAGAAAAAACUCACAUGUCCAACAUUUUGUCCAAUGAACUAAACAACUUGUGUAGGACUGCUCAUCAAGAUUUUGUCUCAACUUCAAAAAGUGGUGCUUCUCCCAAUUUGUUUCCAGAAGAACUUGUGAAAAAAAAUGAUUUGAAGGAAGAAAACUAUAACUGCCCUGUAGGUGAAGGUAUUUUACCAUGUUGGGAGAAAAUGACGGAACAGAUUCAGGAAGGGAAUGAUGUAAACUUAGAAAAAAAUGGUGAUUCCUCAAAAGUGGUUAAUACUGAAGAAAGGCCUAUUAAAGCUGCUAUUAGAGAAAGAAAACAGACAUUUGAAGACUACUUAGAAGAACAAAUUCGGUUGGAAGAACAAGAACUGAAACAAAAACAGCUAAGGGUAGCAGAAGGAUCAUUGCUAAUCAGAGCAAAGCCAAAACAACCAUUCUUAAAACGAGGAGAAGGUUUAGCUAGAUUUACUAAUGCUAAAUUUAAGUUCCAAAAAGGGAGAGAAAGUAAACUAGGGAGUAAUCAGAGCAUUUCAGAGGACCAACCUGUGUUUAAAAUAGAUAAACAACAAUUACAGCGGAAAACUGCUCUUAUAAAUAAAGAUCCAUGUACAGAGAACCCUCCUGCUAAAAAGAACAAUAAAGUUAGAACCAAGAGUAGUUCUGUCACAUGCAGUCAGAAGCCAAAAGUGCUUAAGGGGAAUAAUGGGAAAAGUCUCUCUCCAUUGGGACUGAAAAUACUGGCAGGGAAGAAAUGUGAUGGGCAACUUAGAGACCAGAUCAAAUUAGAAAAACAAGUAGAAUCUAAUAAGAAAGAAAAUGUACCUGAGUGCCCCAGUCCUUGUAAUACUGGCUGCAAAGUCUGGAGCAGGACACAAGGUAAAGAUAGACUUCCCCUUCCGACCGGGCUGGUCAGCUGCAUGGCUUCUAGGAGCCCGGUAAGGGAGACCUUGAGAGAGUCAGGAUCUUCUCUUGACAUUUCUCUUCACAAAAAGUUAGAGAAUUGGGAACGAGAGAAGGAAAAGGAAAAUUUGGAACUAGAUGAGUUUUUGUUUUUAGAACAAGCUGCUGAUGAAAUAUCAUUUUCCAGUAAUUCCUCAUUUGUACUGAAGAUCUUAGAGAGGGACCAACAGGUCUGUAAAGGUCACCGGCUGUCUUCUACCCCUGUCAAAGCAGUGCAGCAGCAAAAGAUGAUGACACUGUGUCCCAUGAGUCAGUGUAACCAAAAUGAGGGUCCAGAUCAUACUGAACGUGAAAAUGCGGGUGAAUGUGAGCCCAUACCCAAACAACUAAAUUCAGGGUCCUCACCUGAAGAAUUGGGGGAACAGUCUUGUAAAGUCAGUAGGAAAGCAUUCCAAAUGAGCACUUCUGAAAAUCAAAUGAGGUGGAACGCAAGCGAUGAUGAAGGUGUCAUGGACAGUGACAGUAGCACUGACUCUGAGGAGCAACUGGACGUUACCAUGAAACCGUCCACUGAGGAAAGCGCAAGGGGUUUCAGCAGCAGAGCUGAUAGUCCACAAGUCUGUGAUGGGAAGGGACCUUUUGGGGACGCUGGGACUCAAGAAGAUAAAAGGAGAGAUGUUGAUUUAGACUUGUCUGAUAAAGAUUAUGGUAGUGAUGAGUCUAUCGUAACUGAAAGCUUGAAAAAUGAAGGUUCUCAGUCCUCAAGAAGACCUUCAUCUGUAAGUACGAGUAAAAUUGACUUUGAUGAUGAAAGAACUUGGACCGACCUUGAAGAGACUUCAUUUAAACAUGAUGUUAUUCUUGGGAGUGAAGCUAUUUAUCGGACUCCCCAGACAGCCUACCCUAAUAAGAGUGAAAUAUGUGUACUGGACAAAACAAUAAAAAGGAAGGUUGCACCAGUGAAGAAGGAAGACAUGAGCCAGCUCAGUAGGGGCAAGAGUCCUCCAACAUCAGAUCUGAUGAUGAAAUUCUUCCCUUCUUUGAGACCAAAACCAAAAUCAAAAUCGGAUUCACACUUGGGAAAUGAACCCAAGUUAAACAAUUACGACCAAACCCCUGGUGACAGUGCUCGAUCUCAAGUUUUGAGAGAGAAAAUUAUUGAAUUGGAAACUGAAAUAGAAAAAUUUAAAGCUGAGAACACAUCUUUAGCUAAACUUCGCAUUGAACGAGAACGUGCGUUGGAAAAACUAAGGAAAGAAAUUGCAGACUUUGAACAACAGAAAGCAAAGGAAUUGACUCGAAUAGAAGAGUUUAAAAAAGAGGAAAUGAGGAAGCUACAAAAGGAACGCAAAGUUUUUGAAAAGUAUACUACAGUUGCAAGAACUUUUCCAGAUAAAAAGGAACGUGAAGAAAUACAGGCUUUGAAACAGCAGGUAGCAGAUUUACAGGAAGAUUUGAAAAGAAAGGAAGCAAAAUGGUCAAGUACACAUGGCCGUCUUAGAAGCCAGAUAGAAAUGUUGGUCAAAGAGAACACAGACCUCCGGGAAGAAAUAAAAGUGAUGGAAAGAUUCCGACUAGACGCCUGGAAGAAAGCAGAAGCCACUGAGAGCAGCACCAAGAUGAGUCAGUGUGGGACUGCCACGAAGAAAGAGAAGAAAGAGGGGUCCACGAACUCAUCAGUUCGAAUGCAAAAGAGUCAGAAUUCUUCAGGGGCCCAGCUAGAAAAACACAAGAAAAAUACUUUGCCCACACAAGGCAAUCCAUCUCGAAGAUGCAAGCCUGUGCCUCCUCAUGGCUCAUGCAGUUUGGAUAAGGAACAAAUUGCCUCACCCAGGGAGCUCCCUGAACCAGUGGACCUGCCAGAUCCUGAAUAUAAACAGGAGGAAGAGGAAAAGGAAGAAAUUCAAGGAGAAAUCAGUCAUCCUGAUGGAAAGAUAGAAAAGGUUUAUAAGAAUGGAUGCCGUGUCAUAAUGUUCCCAAAUGGGACUCAAAAAGAAGUGAGUGCGGACGGGAAGACUGUCACUGUCACCUUCUUCAAUGGGGAUGUGAAGCAGGUCAUGCCAGAUGAGAGAGUGAUGUACUACUACGCGGCAGCGCAGGCCACUCACAUGACUUACCCAGACGGACUAGAAGUCUUACAUUUCUCAAGCGGACAGAUAGAAAAGUAUUUCCCAGAUGGAAGAAAAGAAAUCACAUUUCCUGACCAGACUAUCAAAAACUUACUUGCUGAUGGAGAAGAAGAAAGCAUUUUCCCAGAUGGUACAGUUGUCAGAGUACAACGAGAUGGUAACAAAAUCAUCGAGUUUCAUAAUGGCCAGAGAGAACUACAUACCGCCGAGUUCAAGAGACGGGAGUACCCAGACGGCACAGUUAAAACUGUCUAUGCAAAUGGCCAUCAGGAAACAAAAUACACCUCUGGGCGCGUAAGAGUUAAAGACAAAGAUGGUAAUGUUCUCAUGGACACGAAAGUGUAAUGAUGCUUGUGUGAGACUAAUCAUGAAAUAACACUAGCUUGAUUGUCUUGUUAAAAAUGUACAUUUCUUGUGGACUGUGGUUUAAUUUAUACAUACUGUGUGUCUGUGUGUGUGUAA